AUGCGUCCUCGCAGUCCAGUAAUGGCCGCUUUACGGAUUUUGCCUUUUGGGCUUUCCAGGGUCACGCCGAGGCUUUCUUGUCCCAUCAGCAGCCACAGCUCCCCUCGCCGAGCUCUCACUGUGCCCGAGCGCAUCGAGGAGAAGCGUCGGGCAGCGCUGCUUGGGGGCGGCCAGGCCCGUAUAGAUGCACAGCACCGGCGGGGAAAGCUGACCGCUAGGGAACGCAUUCUACUUUUAUUGGAUCCUGACAGUUUUGUAGAGUAUGACAUGUUUGUGGAACACAGAUGUGCAGACUUUGGGAUGGAAGCUGAAAAAAACAAGUACCCUGGAGAUAGUGUUGUAACUGGCCAAGGCAAAAUAAAUGGGAGACUGGCUUAUGUCUUCAGUCAGGAUUUCACUGUAUUUGGAGGCAGUUUGUCUGGAGCGCACGCUCAAAAGAUUUGCAAGAUCAUGGAUCAGGCUGUUAUGGUUGGUGCUCCUGUGAUUGGACUGAAUGAUUCAGGAGGGGCCCGUAUCCAAGAAGGAGUAGAGUCAUUGGCUGGUUAUGCAGAUAUUUUUUUGAGAAAUGUUUUAUGUUCUGGGGUAGUUCCACAGAUUUCUCUCAUCAUGGGGCCUUGUGCUGGAGGUGCUGUCUAUUCUCCUGCUUUAACAGAUUUCACAUUCAUGGUAAAGGAUACAUCUUAUCUGUUCAUAACUGGCCCUGAUGUAGUCAAAUCAGUCACCAAUGAAGAUGUUACUCAGGAGCAGCUGGGAGGUGCAAAGACUCACACAGCUGUGUCAGGGGUUGCACACUGUGCCUUUGAGAAUGACAUAGAUGCUUUGCUUAAUCUCAGGGAGUUUUUUAAUUAUCUACCUCUUAGUAACAAAGAUCCAGCUCCAGUCCGUGAAUGCCAUGACUCUUGCCACCGAUUGGUUCCUGAGUUGGAUACAAUUGUCCCAAUGGAAUCCACUAAAGCUUAUGACAUGGUGGACAUUGUACAUGCGAUUGUUGAUGACAGAGAAUUCUUUGAGAUCAUGCCUGCCUAUGCUAAGAACAUCAUAGUUGGCUUUGCAAGAAUGAAUGGAAGAACUGUUGGAAUAGUUGGCAACCAGCCCAAAGUUGCAUCAGGCUGCCUGGAUAUAAAUUCUUCUGUGAAGGGAGCUCGUUUUGUCCGAUUUUGUGAUGCUUUCAACAUUCCUCUGAUAACUUUUGUGGAUGUGCCUGGAUUUUUACCAGGAACAGCUCAAGAAUAUGGUGGGAUCAUACGGCAUGGCGCAAAACUCCUGUUUGCUUUUGCAGAAGCAACAGUGCCAAAAAUCACCAUUAUCACAAGAAAGGCUUAUGGUGGGGCCUAUGAUGUGAUGAGUUCAAAGCACUUAAGAGGAGAUGCAAAUUAUGCAUGGCCAACAGCAGAGGUAGCUGUGAUGGGAGCCAAGGGAGCUGUCCAGAUCAUUUUCAGAGGAAAGGAGAAAAAUGCAGAAGCAGAAUAUGUAGAAAAAUUUGCAAAUCCUUUCCCUGCAGCAACCAAAGGUUUUGUUGAUGACAUCAUCCAGCCUUCUACUACUCGCCUUCGCAUCUGCCGUGAUUUAGAAGUGCUGGCAAGCAAAAGACAAUCCAACCCUUGGAAGAAACAUGCUAACAUGCCACUCUGAAUCAAUUCAGAGUGCUAAGACGAGAAGAAAAAUCAGAGCCUGCUCAAUACAUAUUAACUUUGGUUUCUCUGAAAUUUUCACAGCCUUGGAUAACAUUUAGUAAUACUUUGAAAUGGAAAACAUGUAGAAAUUCCUUCAUGAUGCUCAGGAUAGGAUAUCCUACUUCACUUUCUGAGACUACUACAAAAUAAAAUUUGCAGAUGUAAAAUCAGCAUUUUGCUAGAAAGUCAAUACAGAAGAUUUUAAAAGUAAUGCAAUUUACAGAGCACGAUAGCUGUAAAAAAAGAGUAUGUAACAAUUUUUACUCCAGGACCACACAAUUACAUUUCAUAGCAUCACUGGUGUCAACAUGGACCAUGACUGCUGACUCUUCCCCAGCACUGUCAAGCUGUCUAGAUAGUGUGAUGUCCACAACCUUCGCACCAGAUAUGCAAGUCACCAUGCAGUCAAAACAUGUCACAGACCCCACACUCUACCUUUCUAAGGAUCUAAUCACUCACUACCAGAAGCCCACUGUGACGAACUCUACAAACAGCUAAAGUGCUCUACAAACAGCUAAAGGACUAUGAAGGAUUAUUUCUUCAAAGAAACAGAGAGCCUUGAAUGACAGGCUGCUCCAAGCAAUCUGAUAGGUUAGCAUCAGCUAAGCAGAGAGAGGCUUUACAGCUGAACACUGAGGAGGAGAAUUCAUUCAGAAUUCAGCCCUGACUGAGAGCAGUUUAACACACAGGAGAACUGGGGAAAGUUAACAAGGAUGAGUGGAUAGUUAGAUGGAGACUCCCAUUCAGGCCAAGGAGAGGGGAUAGAUCUAGACAAAGAAGGAAUUUCCUUACCCAUUCUAAACAGUGUGAUAGCUUUGAAGAGUGUAGAGAUUUCUCGUCUGGUGUGGUUAGAAACUACCUUUAGAGACCCCUUAAAAGUCAAUUAAAAACUCAAGAUGAGUCUUGGUCUUUCAAGAGGAAGGGUUUGGGUACUGGAAAGGGUGUACCAGCCUUUUGGAAGUUAAGAGAGAAAAUACUCAAAAAGAGUAUACGGAAGUGUUUGCUGAAAACACUGGGAUGGGGUGGAAGGUUCUCAACCUAAAGAUUUAAGUCACUGUGAAAAGCUUAAGAAACUCUCAUUAGUCUGAAACAAUACGAAUUAAAGUCUGUGCAUAUACUGAUUUUUACCUCAGUUAUCUAUAUUAAGUUACCUCAUAAAUUUUAUUCCUGAUAUUUAACUUGACCUUUCCCUGCUAUGGUGAAUAAAGUAUUUUGUUAAUUUGGAAUUUAAAAA